UGCCCCUCUCCGUGGCACAGUCUACGCACUCUCUCGUUCUCUCUCUCACACUCACUCUUUUGCUCUCGCUCGCUCGCAUGCAGACCGAGGGAGAGGAAGGGAUGAACGAGGUGCACACAUGUGAGGAUCUCCUCAACUGCCAGAGCAAGGCAGGACUGGCUACGAGAGAAGACGAAGAGGAGGAGGAGGAAGAGGAGGUCUAGAGGAAUACUGCAGUGGCCAUCCAGCUUCCUUUUCUUCAGAGUUCUCACUCUCCAUCUCUCUUUGCUUCACUGCUUUCAUCCCCCACCUCCUCACCGCCCUGUCUUCUUCAUCCACUCUUCCCUACUGCUAGCUACACCAUGAAGCCGCCUGCUGCUUGUUGCUAAGGGGGCAGCCAACCAGGGGGAGCAGAGUGAACCAGGCGUUAUUUUUGUGUUUUCAAGGCCUUACUGAACAUGGCGGAGGGGUCCAAAGAUCAGGGAGGGACUGGCGCCGCAGAACCAGAGGAAGACUCCCCCAAUAUGAUUGUCUACAGAAAGAUGGAAGACAUUGUUACACGAAUACAAGAUGAGAAAGCAGGAGGAGUUGCCAUCCGGACCGUUAAAAGCUUCCUCUCAAAGAUCCCGAGUGUGGUAUCAGGGGCAGACAUUGUUCAGUGGCUGAUAAAAAACCUCUCCAUUGAGGAUCCAGCUGAAGCCAUCCACCUCGGUAGUCUGAUUGCAGCUCAUGGCUACAUCUUUCCCAUCUCUGACCACGUCCUGACCUUAAAGGAUGACGGAACCCACUACCGCUUUCAGUCUCCAUACUUCUGGCCUUCAAACUGCUGGGAACCCGAGAAUACAGACUAUGCCAUAUACCUGUGCAAGCGCACCAUGCAGAAUAAAGCCAGACUCGAGCUCGCAGACUACGAAGCAGAAAACCUCGCUCGGCUGCAGAGGGCUUUCGCCAGAAAGUGGGAAUUCAUCUUCAUGCAAGCUGAGGCUCAAGUGAAGAUCGACAGAAAGAAGGACAAGGCAGAGAGGAAGAUCCUUGACAGCCAGGAGAGGGCGUUCUGGGACGUUCAUCGACCAGUGCCAGGCUGCGUCAACACCACGGAGAUGGACAUCCGCAAGUGUCGAAGAGAGAAGAACCCACACAGGGUGAAAAAGUCGGUCUAUGGAGUGCCAGACGACGGCCAGAGCCAACCAAGUCCAAUCCACAUCAGUUCCCAGCCGAGCAGGAAGCCCACCAAAGAGGACGUUCAGAAGGAGAUAACCUUUUUGAACAUCCAGCUUGACAGACACUGUAUGAAGGUUUCCAAAGUGGCCGACAGCCUGAUGACCUACACAGAGCAGUUUAUGGAAUAUGACCCCUUUGUAUCAGGCGUGGAGCCCUCGAACCCAUGGAUUAGUGAGGACGCCGCCUUCUGGGACAUGGAGGCAAGCCAUGAUCCCAGUCAACAGCGGGUAAAGAAGUGGGGCUUCUCCCUGGAGGAGGCGCUGAAGGACCCGGUGGGACGGGACCAGUUUCUGAAGUUCCUGGAGUCAGAGUUCAGCUCAGAGAACCUGCGGUUCUGGUUAGCGGUGCAGGACCUGAAGCGACGGCCGCUCCAGGAGGUUUCCACCAGGGCCCAAGAGAUCUGGCAGGAGUUUCUGGCUGAGGGAGCGCCAAGCUCCAUCAACCUGGACUCUCACAGCUACGAGAGGACCAGCCAGAACCUCAAAGACCCCGGGCGAUACAGCUAUGAAGACGCUCAGGAGCACAUAUUCAAGCUCAUGAAAAGUGACAGCUAUGCACGCUUUUUGCGAUCCAACAUCUACCAAGAUCUCCUGUCAGCCCGAAAAAAGCAGCCAGCAGACACUGAACAAGGUCGUCGCACCUCCUUGGAGAAGUUCACCCGCAGCGUGGGGAAGUCUUUGGCGGGAAAGCGUCUGACAGGCCUUAUGCAGUCAUCCUGACACAGCCUGUCCUGGAGAGCCACGACCAGACCCUGCAGGUGGGCUGACAGCCACACAGGGGCCGGGGCAGGGCCGCAAACAGCGGAGCCGGGGUGCACAGGGCUGCUGCAGAGGCUCUCGGACACUGCUUCGAGGUCCGCUGGUGUUCUGCUGCUGCAGUGCUGGGUCUACUGGGCUGAACCACCCAAACAGAACCACUGCGGAAGGGACGAUGCCUACAAGACGAUCCUCAGCUAACGAAUCACACGGCAUGCGGUGUAAAAGAAUAAGCACAUUCAAACUAAUACUGCCCUGUCUUCAUCAUCUAGAGGGCAAACGGUUGUCCGGCUUGACUUGGCUUAUUAAUUUUAUUGUCUUUAUAUUCUUUCAUUUGUGUUUUCCACAACACUUUGGGGCCAUAAAUGUUAAAAGGAGGUGUGCAUCUGUUCUCACAAGGCAGUCAGCAAUAAAAACAAACAAAUCUGAAACAUUAAAGAAAAGUCCACCUAGCUUCUUUUGAUAUCUGUAAAACACCUAUCAUAAUGUCUUUAUUGAAGUAAGUAAGAAAAGUCUGGUGAUUAGUAAGAGUACACACCCCCCUUCAUAUAUAUAGCAGAUUCUUCAAUCUUCAUUACAUUCCAAAAUCUGAAUCUGACACAAGGGCUUAAUGUAGCAACCAUAAGGCACUGAUGCAUGUUUAAUCCCGAUGUCCUUGUUGAGAGUCAUGUUUUAGCAGCACCGCUUUGUAAUGAGACCUGUGCCUAUAAGGUGGGUUUGGUUGACUGCUCGUAAACUUAACCAACUCCAAAAGUCUGUGUGAAUACCUUCGAGGCCUAAAAGCAUGAUUCACUAGUACGGUUAAGUGAAACAGUGUGAUUUGAGCUUUUAGUGUUGACAAGGUUUGUGUGUUCUGCUGCCGGGGUCAGUGUUCUAGAAUAGUGCUGAAAGUUUUCAGUGCCAUGGGAGCUUCAAUCUGGUGGUGUAUAAACCACAGGACCGUCAACAGUGUUUCAGGACACCACUGUGCUGUGAGUACAUCAUGUUAAAAGAUGAUACAGGUGGAUUUAAAUAAGUUUCAACAUAAUAAAAAAGUAAAUUUAUUUAUGUAAUUCAGUCCAACCUAACUAUAGUGACCUGGAGGAGGGGAAUGAGGCAGAACACAUGAAGCAUGGGACAUCACGGCCCUUGCAUGUCCUAAUCAUGCUUUUAGGCAAAUAACAUGUGACCAAAGAACCAUAAUGCUACCAUUGUCACAGUGAUUCUCUAGUUCGAGCAUUUCUGAAACAGGCUAACUGUAGCCGGUGCUCUUUGUAAGCACCGGCUACAGUUUAUCUCUGAUGUUCGUCUCAUCAGUGUAACGGUGCCUGAAUGGCAUGCCUUCCCCAUAGAGCACUGACUGCAAGUUGUCCUGUGCUCUUUGGAGCUUCCUGUUUCAGGAAUUAGCAUCAAGCUAAAGCACUCACAGCAAAAGUCAGCCAAGGGUGUGAUUUCUCAUAUUACAUGUGUGGUACCGAGUGACAGACUGACUGGAAACUUAUUUGUAGAUUCAUUACACACAGAGAUAUACAUUUUAAGUAUUUAUUUUUGUUAAUUUGAUGGUUUAUUUAUGAUUGCGUGUGAAAUCUCAAAUUUCACUUUUUCUCAAAUUAAAUAUUUGAACAGUAUGUUUAGAACAAAUUUUUGAAAAUGGACUUAUAAUACAGUAUUUGCUUCCAGUAUUUAGUCUGGGGUACUUCAGCAUAAAUUACUCCAUCAAUGAAGCAUGGCAUGGAGGUAAUCAGCUGCUGGAGUUAGGUAGCUCAUGUUGUUUUGAUAGCGGCCAUUAUCUUGUCUGUAUUGUUGGCUUUAGUGUCUCUCAUCUUCAUCUUGAUAAUGGAGGAAGAUGAUUCUGUAUUAAAUUUGUUUGUUUGCUGGGACAUAAAACAACAUCUCCUUAAAUCUAGUCAGAAAAUGGAAGCAUUAAAAAUCUCCUCGCGAAUACAUUCACCAAUUGAAGUGGGCUGACACCAGGACAUGAAAUGGCUUCCGAAGUCCUCACUGGCUGUGGAAACUUCACUAUUGUGAACUUUGUAACUUGGAUUGUGUGGCUUCACUCUAAAUUUACUUUAACCUUGAAGGAGGACUUUGGCUUCCUUAGCCCAGAUUUUUGUCCUUAGUCCAGACAAGACACUUCUAAAAUUGUCUGUGGUUGAGGACUGGCUGGAAAGUUGUGGAUUAUGUCCUGGGUUCAUUUGUGUGUGAUGGCUCUCAAAGCACAAACUUCAGCUAAUGUCCACGUCUUAAGAAUCGUCUCCAAAUCCUUGAAUCGGCAUUGCUUCAUUGUUCCGGUUAUCACUGUUCUCAAUCAAAUACUUUCCUUCCACUUAACUUUCUAUCAAUGUUCUUUAUCACCACACUUUCAUUGUGCAAGCUAUCAAUAACUGUCUAAUGGACAAUAAUCAUGUCAGCACUCUUCUCUAUGACUGAGUGGGCAAUAGGAAAACAUUUCAGUUUUUUUAAAAUCCACUUUUGAACUUGGUUUUAUGCUAACUCGUAAUCUUAACAGAAACAAAGAUCUGUGUGUAAUGAAUCUAUUCUGAUUAUAUUCUAAUUAUAUUCUUUGAUGACUUGCUGCCCUGUGAGGGACAUCUUCUGUUUUGUUGCACGGUUAUAUUUGCUAUUCUCUGAAACAAUUACCCAUUUUCAUUUCUCUCUGUCUGAUAACUGUCGAGUGUUUGUCAUGUGGAAAAUGGUGCAUGUUGGAGCACGAUGAAGUGCAGGGGACUGAGCUGAAGCAGGACUCACUAAUGAAUGGACAUCUGAAAUCUGAAAUGGACUGAAGAGGAAGCAAUGAGAAUAUUAAGGCCCCUUUGCUCCAUUGUGGCUGCUGCCUUCUUCUACACACAAGAAGUGCUGGGACACAGCUCCCCUCAGAGGCCACUGACUGCAACAGUGAAAAACUAGAAAGCGCCGUUGACUGUCUCAUCGGUUAUUUUUUAGUAGUCAUUGCAAUGCACUGUACAAGUCAUGACGCUAAUUAUUCUUAUUAACCUAUCCCAAUAACCUCCUAAAUGUAAGGUAGAGAGAUGCUUAAGUCGAGUCUAUGUACCAAAUGUUAUCCUCAGCACAAACAUGGUGACACUGCGUGCCAAGUGCAUUGUAAAUUUAAACUGGUUACAUUUCAUUAUCCGAAAGCACACUUUAGUAUGAUGCGAGCACAUUACUAUGCAUGUUACAUAUUCAGGGCAUUUUUGUGCUUUUAGUUUCUCGAUCAGCAAGAUAACUACUGGCACUCUAAAACACUCAAAGCACUUGUUAUCUGUUCACGGGUACCAAAUAAUAAAAUCUCUGGACCUGUCUGCUCUCUGCUGCUGUUUGCUGUUCUGACUCAUGGAAGAAAAAUAAGCUGGAAGAGUCUCUCAUUUACACAAAAAGCAAAAUAUAAAUCAAAUAACAC